AUGGCUUCGCCAGCCGCAGAAAAUGUGCCUAAUGGCAUUUCUACCCCACCAGCUACCGCAAACGCACCCACACUCAGCCCACCCACACAGCCACCACCUGCAUCGCAACCGUCGCAAGCAUCCAAUGGCGCGUCAGCAAACCCAGCGGCCAGCAUGAACGCCGCCUUUCCAUCCAGCUCGCUCCAGGAUAAUGGAACCAGCAAGCGACCCCGCGACGCACGCCUCAUCCAUCUGAUUCUAGCCAACAUGGGCGUACAUGCCUACACGGAGCGCGUACCGCUACAGCUCCUCGACUUUGCCUAUCGAUACACCUCAUCCAUCCUCUCCGACGCGUUAUCAUACGAGCCACCUCUACCCACGACAUCAGCGUCGAAGAAACGCAGCGGCCCCAACGCCGAGUCGGGCGAAGACGGCGUGUCGCUGAAUGCGCUGCGCACGGCAGUUGGAGCGCGGGCUGCAGGCACCUUCCAAGGCACGCUGGGCAAGGAAUUCAUGAGCGAGGUGGCGCUCGAGCGGAAUCGCAUUGCGCUGCCCCGUGUAGACCGCGAGUUUGGGAUUCGCCUGCCGCCCGAGCGGUACUGCUUUACGGGCGUGGGGUGGGAUGUCAAGGGCGCGUGGGAAGAGGAGCUUGAGGAGACCAACGAGGAUGUCGAUAUGGAUGAUGAUGUGGGUGCUAGUGGAGCAGGCUUCGGGGGUCCUGUGGGCGGUGUUAAUGGAAACGCUGGGGGUGAAGCGGGAGAUACGACUAUGGGUGGUAUGGAGGAUGAGGAGCAGGAUGAUGAUGAGUUUGAGGAGGCCAUGGGGAUCAACCAGGAGAACAACGGGUAA